UUUGCUCAUAUCAAGACCUCCAGUGAAUUAGUGUACAAUAAAACAUCAUCGUUGAUAACGAGACUCUGGCUCUUCUUAAAUCGAGUGACUAUAUAACAGACGUGCGACCAGAGCUCUGUGGCUGGACUUGCGCAUCCACUUGUUGAGUUCACAAUAGUUCACCGGCGUCGCUCUAUUUAAAGAGGCAACAACAUGGCACGCGGUCUGGUCAGACGGGAGUCGUUGGAAACGGAGAUGCAGAAGUCCGGAGACAAAAGUAAAACCUUCGUGUACACCAAGAAGAGGGGCUACGAUGUCACCCGAAACCCUCACCUCAAUAAGGGCAUGGCUUUCUCCCUGGAGGAACGUCUCCAGCUGGGUAUCCAUGGCCUGCUGCCUCCCUGCUUUAUCAGCCAGGACGUCCAGCUGCUCCGAGUGCUCAAGAACUAUGAAAUGAAGAGAGACGAUUUGGACAGAUAUGUGUUCCUGAUGGGACUCCAGGACCGCAGCGAGAAGCUUUUCUAUCGGGUGCUGUCGUCAGACAUUGAAAAGUUUAUGCCCAUCAUUUACACCCCCACUGUAGGCCUGGCCUGCCAGCAGUAUGGCCUGAUAUUUAGAAGACCGAGGGGGCUGUUCAUCACCAUUCAUGACCGUGGCCACAUUGCUUCGUUGCUCCAGAACUGGCCAGAAAAAGACAUCAGGGCGGUGUGUGUGACGGAUGGAGAGAGGAUCCUGGGAUUGGGAGACCUGGGCUGCCAUGGCAUGGGCAUCCCAGUGGGCAAGCUGGCCCUCUACACAGCUUGUGGAGGUAUGCCACCACAGCAGUGCCUGCCUGUCAUGCUGGACGUGGGCACAGACAAUGAGGCACUGCUGAAGGACCCUCUCUACAUUGGGCUGAGGCAUAAGAGAAUCCGAGGCCAGGCCUAUGACGACCUGCUGGAUGAAUUUAUGAAGGCUGUGUCGGACAGGUAUGGAAUGGACUGUCUGAUUCAGUUUGAGGACUUUGCAAACAUUAAUGCUUUCCGUCUGCUGAGCAAGUACCGCAACAAAUACUGCACAUUCAACGAUGACAUCCAAGGUACUGCUGCUGUGGCAGUAGCUGGACUCCUGGCCUCUCUCCGCAUCACCAAAAGCAAAAUGUAUGACCACACAAUCGUGUUCCAGGGUGCAGGGGAGGCAGCGAUGGGGAUUGCUGAGCUGAUCACCAUGGCAAUGGAGAAGGAAGGACUCGCUAAGGAAGAGUGCUUGAAAAAGAUCUGGAUGGUCGAUUCCAAGGGUCUCAUUGUCAAGGGUCGGGACCACCUGACUCAUGAAAAGGAGAGGUUUGCUCACGAGCACCUACAGAUGAAGAAACUGGAGGAUGUAGUUCGGGAACUGAAACCCACAGCUAUCAUUGGUGUGGCAGCUGUUGCUGGAGCAUUCUCUGAACAAAUCAUCAGGGACAUGGCUUCUUUCAAUGAACGCCCAAUCAUCUUCGCCCUCAGCAACCCGACCAGCAAAGCCGAAUGCACUGCUGAACAAUGUUACACAUUUACAGAGGGGCGGGGCAUCUUUGCCAGUGGCAGUCCAUUUGACCCCGUCACCCUGCCUGAUGGGAGGACCUUCCAUCCUGGUCAGGGAAACAACGCCUACAUCUUCCCAGGUGUGGGCCUGGGUGUCACAGCUUGCGCUAUCCAACAUAUUAGUGAAGAAAUCUUCCUUGUUGCAGCAGAGGCUCUUGCUCACCUGGUGACAGAGGAAGACCUGGCAGAGGGAAGACUGUAUCCUCCUCUCAGCUCUAUCAGGGAUGUCUCCCUCAAACUGGCUGUCAAGAUCAUGGAGUACGCCUACAAGCACAGCAUGGCCACGCAUCGCCCAGAACCGUCCGACAAAGAAUCAUACGUGCGCUCACUCACUUACAGCACUGACUAUGAUGAGUUUGCUGUGGACUCAUACCGCUGGCCAGAGGACAGUAUGACUGUGCAGUCAUGCAAACUUUAAUGCACUGGACAGAGAAGAGACAGCGACUAACGACGUGCAAUAUCAUCACGAGCAGUGAUGGAAUAUGAAAGGCUGUGUGUAGAAUUUUCUCAUUAAUAUAUUACUGUGAAAUGAAUGCUGACAAUACAAGAAUUUACUGGAAGCACAAGAAGCCACACUAUUACUGGUGAUAUUUCAUACUUCUUGUGGGUUUACUAAGAGUCACUGGGCUUUGCUUAUUGUUAUCACCUCCUUCACUCCAAAGGUAGCAUGGUAGUUAGAGUUAAAAGUUUAUAAAGUAAAGAUGAGAGGGAGGCUAAUGGAAUGUGAAACAGAUAGUUUAUGAAAUGUAUAAAAUAUUGCACUAAUGGUUGUUAUCUCAUUAUAUUUUACAAUAAUAUAUUUAGGGGAAAAAUCUUUCACAGGUUACUUUUAAUUGUACUGUACUAGGGAGUUGCUUUAUGACUGUGUCAGCUACAAUCCAAAAACUCUUUGUCAAAUAAAAAUGAUUUUUGAUUAA